AUGGAUGCCUCCACUUCCCAAGUAAAAUCUUCUACAAAAAAGGGACGAGGCCCGUCUAGAGCAGUCCAAACAACUACACCCAUGUUCCUCGAAUUUGAUGAGUUUGACAUGCCUACUGGAAAGUGGGAAUCUGCUUAUGGGAAGGAAAUUGGUAAUUGUGCUCAAAGAGUUAACAUUAAUGUGAAGGGAUAUCCGAAGUAUGAUAAAGUUCAAAAGCAAAACUUGUGGGAGGAGAGUAAGUUCCACAUUGAUGAUCCCAAGGGUAGUAAAGAGAAGAAGUUCCACGAAGCUGUUGGUGCUAAAUUUAGGAAGCACAAGUCUUGGUUAGUUUCACGAUUCAUUACUAAGGAAAUUGCACCUCCGCCUGACUCAUCAAGUGCAAACAUUAAGCCCUGGGAGCUUUAUGAAGGUUACAUCACAGAAGAGCAAUGGAAAGAGUUUGAGACAUAUUGCAAUACAGAUGAAUUUAAGGCUCUGAGUGAAAAAGGCAAGGAAAAUGCAAAGAAUAAUAAGCAUCGCCACCAUCUAGGCUCCAAGAGUUAUGAGAGGGCUCGAUUUGAUUGGAGUAAGACCAAUAGAAUUCCAGCAGAAUCUUCAACCUCAAGCACCACAGAGUCCACGACAAGCUGUGUAAUGAGUGAAAAGCUUAAAAAUCGGUCUCUUUAUUGGAUUUUGGCCCGUCAAACUCGUAAUGCAGAUGGAUCGUGGGCUAUAGACCCGAAGAAUGCCGAAACCCAGCAAAUAGCCAAUGCUAUUUUGGAAAACUUGCAAAAGAAUGAUGAAGGAAACAAUUCAAGUGAUGGUAUUGGUAUGGAUGCCCUCGACAAGGCUUUAGGAAAAAGGGAUCACCGCGGGCAUGUAAAAGCACUAAGAAGGUGUGGGGUUGGAGUUAGUCACACACAAGUAUUUGGGAAGGGAUACAAAAAGGGUAAAUCAUCCGGCAAAGGUGGAUGCUCAUUAGAAGAGUUAGAAUCAAUGAAAGCUACCCUAACUCAAGAAUUUGAGGCGAGGCUAGAAGAAAAGGUUGAAGAGAAGCUUCAAGAGAGGAUUGAAGAGAGGAUCGAAGAGAGGUUGGAACAAAGGGUGGCAAUGGAGGUGAAAGCUUAUCUCGCCAAUUUACUACCACAGAUGACCGGUGACGUGGAGGCAUUUCAAGGAAUGCAAGUGAUGACGAACAUGGAGGCAACACAAAGCCCUCGUGUAAUAGAGGUAGCCACUAAAUGUCGCCUAGCAUUGAAAGAUGAGUACAAUCAAAAUUUAGUGGUUGUGGCAGAUGGAACGGUAUAUCCUGUUACCGGUGAAGUUACUCACAACCUGAAGAUGUUACCUGUUCAUUACAUGGUUAGUGUGGACAACCCUUAUCCCGACUGUGCCCUCCUCGAUAUAUCGGUACCGUCUCCCGAUGGUGUGACUAAGUUGGGAAAAGCCAAGUCUUCCUUUGUACUAUGGCCUAUAGACAUGGUUUUUUUUUUAGAAGAGGUUUCACCAUCGCCCAAAAAGAAGCAUGGAUCUCGCCAAAGCAAAGAAGGGGACGAUAGUUGUGGUGUGAAAUCAAGGCAAUCUACCAUCAAACCCACAAAAUUCCUACCACUUGAAGAUAAAAUUGUCGAUACUUUUGGCGAGGGUUGUGAGUUGUUGUAUUGGUUAAUGAAUUAUGAUGGUGCAAAGUAUGAUACAAUAUUGGUACUUUUAAAGGCCUCAAUGUUUAAUUUUGAUAGCGACAAACAGAUUUGGGUAACCGCUACCGAUGUAUUUAGUAGACAACUUCAUCGACCUUUUCAACAGGACUGAGAUCACAUUCUUUUGUCCUCAACUCAUUUCUGAAUCUGCAAUUGAGAAUGAUUACCUUGAAACUUAUACAUAUGUGAAGAAUACAUUUUUGCAUGAAGUAAGAAAGACGGGUAAACGUUACAAAUUCAUUGUGGCUCCAUAUGUCGCAAGUGGUCAUUGGGUUCUUGUGGUGGUUGAUCUACAAUUAGGUUUAGCUUAUGAGUUUGACUCUAUGAAGCUACCUAAAGAAAAUCCACGAAAAUUGAAAAUUGCCGAGAUUAUGAUGACGGCUUAUAAAGUAUAUCGGGCGA